AUGAAUAACACUAGUAGUAAUCACCACAGCAAUAACUAUGGCAAUAAUAGUAAUUCAGGGAACAGCAACCCUUCACCGCAUUCGAUAUCGUUGACUCCAUCGAACUUGAAUGGAUUUCAGGGCACAACAAGAAGCAGAUCGGGUACUUUGUCGUCUCUUUUGGACACUGUGGGCGGCGGCUCUUCACAGUCUAUUCCUGAUGCCAUGUCCCCGGGAGUCAUUGGCCAGGGACAAGAUUCCCUUGGGUUGCCAGUUAUGGAUUCAAUUUCUAUAUCACCAUCUCCCAGUAGCUACGCAAUGGACAAUAUGGCAGCUGCCAAUGGCGGUACAAGAAGAAUGAGAUCAGGCUCUUUGUUUUCUACCAAUUCGAUAUGGAAUGAUGAUGUUGUUUUAGGCAACUCGCCAUCGCAGUCAAGUGCUGGCAUGAUAGAUACCAACAGCUUGCAUUCUUACGAUGGCUCCGCGGCUAAUGGUGUUUCAUCAAACGGUGGAAAUAGUUUCUUAAGUCCACUACUUGCUGCCCAAAACUCAACGGCGUCAUCUAAUGGUAUAGCAAAUGCGAGCUUGUCAAAUACGCACAUUGGGCAGCGUAAUAGAUCUUACACAACGACAGCUGCACUUCCAAAUGUCAGUCCUCUACCUACGGUAAAUUCAAUGGGUGAAAUUGUGGAUAAUUUAAAUCCCAGGUUAACAUCUUCACAGUUUGCGACACCCUCUGGUAUGAAUAAUGAUAUGAAUUAUUUGUUAGACAAUCUUAUCACUAAUAUGAAUACGAAUCCAAAUCACUCGAGGAAUAGGUCACAAACAUAUUCAGGUACACCGGUAGUAUUCCCGGAAGCAGCAUUACAAUCUUAUUUAACUCAAAACUUAGCCCAGCAAGAUCAGCAGCAGCACCACCAACAACAACAUCAUCAUCACCCACAUCAGCAACAACAGCAACAGCAACAACAACAACAGCAACAUCAGCAACAUCAGCAUCAGCACCAACAGCAACCACAACAGAUUCACCAGCCACAGGGUCAAAGACAUAAUAAUCAUGGGCAGCAUCCCCAUCAAGCUCUGCACCAAGUAUUGUCUCAUCAGCCUGUUCUCAUCGAUAACUUUGAUUUGGCUCAGGUUUCAAUUACAACUAAUUUUGAAAACACUAAUUUGGGACCAACGAAGUUUAUUCUAUUUGAUAACUUACCACAAUUCAUCGAUUCAUUAAAGUUGUGGACCAUCUUGAGUAACUCACUCGGGAGUCAAAAGACGUUAGGUGGGGUAAGUAGCUUACGGAUGACUCUGACUAAUAAUUCCAAAUUGGCUUUAGUCGAAUGUACUAACGUUGAAACUGCUAUGAACUUGAAGGCUAAUUUCAACCAUCUCGAAUUGGUACCAGGCGUGAUUCUCUAUGUUGCUUUUGUCAAGUUAAACGAUGACACCGUGUCAAAAGAUGAAACUGAGCCAGUCAAAAUAAAAACGGAUACGAAGAAGAGUCCGAUCGAUAUUUCUUUAAAUAGAGAUCAGUUGAUAGGAGUUGUUGAUGCUUUGUCUACUGACCACAUCGAUAUGAGGAAGAUUGCAUCUAUGAUCAACAUGUCUCUGAAUUAUCCGAAACUGAAUUAUCAGGAUAAUUUUGGACCUUUGCCAGAACCCAUUCCAUUGCGCCAGUUUGAUUCACCAAAGCUCAGAGAGUUACGCAAGAGUCUAGAGAAUAAUGAAAAUGAAACCCUGAACUCUGAUUCUGAUGAAAGUAAUAAACCUUUGACUCAAUUAGAACUUGAAGAAUUGUGUUUGGCUAUGUUGGAUGAAUUUCCUGAAUUAUGUUACGACUAUCUUGGGAAUACGAUUGUUCAAAAAAUUUUCACUGUGCUUCAAUCUCCUUUGAUCAAAUUGAUGAUGGUCAAGGAAAUAACGCCCUAUUUAACCCAACUAGGUAUUCAUAAGAAUGGAACUUGGGCUAUACAAAAAAUCAUUAAUUUGUGCGAUAGCGACUAUCAACAAAAAUAUUUGAUUGGUGUAAGCUUGAAACCAUACGCAGUUAAGCUUUUCAAUGACCAAUUCGGUAAUUAUGUUUUACAAGGAUGUGCAAAAUUCGGAUCUCCAUUUAAUGACUUCAUAUUUGAAGCUAUGCUCGAUAAUUUCAUAGAAAUCAGUUUUGGGAGGUUUGGAGCACGAUGCAUCAGAACCAUAUUGGAAGCUGCCAACGAGACUAAGGCAAUAUCUGAUGAACAAGUUGUUCUUGUCGCAGGUUUGAUCGUACUGUUUGCGAACGAAUUAGUAGUCAACAGCAAUGGCUCUCUUUUAGUCACCUGGUUCUUGGAUACUUUUAAUGGAAGUGGCACGAAAUUUGACAAUAGAUUUGAACUAUUAACAAACAAAUUUUUACCCAAUUUGAAUAAGUUUUGCAUACACAAGCUUGCGAGUCUUUCUAUUUUAAAAAUCUUGAAUAAUCGUUCCGAUCUAAGGCUGAAAAGGGCGAUCAUGGAUACUAUUUUUGGCAGGUUUGAGGAUUUUGACGGUGUCGAGAGUUCGCGUCCGCCCUCUAAGUUAUUAGAGCAUAUUUUAACGGAGAGUCCCGAUAAUACCGCAGGUCCCUUGUUCAUUUAUAAACUAUUGUCUAAUCCAUCAUUGCUCACUUUAGAUGACAAUACAGAUCCGGAGUUGAACUCUAAAUACCAACUGUUUAUUAUCAUGCAAAUUAGAAGGUUGCUACUAGAAGUAAAUAUUGUUAACUUUCAACCUUAUAAAAAGUUGAUGGAUGAAGUUGGAUUAUCGAGUACAAGGCUCAACAGAUCUACGUCUGUUGGUCGCAAGAAUAAGAGAAGCGGAAGGGGAUCCAAAAUUUCCCACUCUCAACAUCCGUACCUGUCUCAAGCUCAAUUGACGAAUUCUUAUGCAAAUGCGAAUACUGUCAAUCAAUAUCCCUUGCAGUAUAAUGGCCUGAAGUCAUCACAGUUUCCUGCAAUGCUUCAACAGCAGCAUUUGGUCAACAAUGUUCCUAUAGCCUCUAAUUUUUUGGCUCCACAACUGGGUUAUUCGCAUCAGCAGUCUCAGGAGCUAGCUAUGAUGCAACAGUUGGAGCAACUUUCAAUCAGCUCUGCAUCUAUGGGAUACAGUGCAAACAUGGAUUCUACUGGAGUUACCAAACAUAGUAACCAGUUUCUUUGA